AUGAGUCGUGAGAUGGAGAAAGCACGGCCUGAUUAUCAUCAUAAGACACGUCAAGGCCUCGACGCAUGGAUUCAUACCCCUCGAACAAUCGUGAUGAAGGAGAUCCACAAGAACCUGUACUUAGCUGAAAAUUCCAACUAUGACCACCAGAAAGUCGACCGACAUCUGUUUCUGAAAGGCCUUUGGAGCCAAGACCCGUCAAUGUUGAACUUCGCAUUCACAGAUAUAGAUGGGUUGAAGGGUCGAAAGCAUCAAGCUACAGACGUCAGGAACAAUACCCAUUUUGAACAGCUACAGACAUCAGGAACAAUGCCCAUUUUUGGGCGAAACAUGGCAUCAUGGGAAAGUGUGGGGCUUCAGCGCAGAGAUGCAGAGAAGCCAGCAAGGGCAUACCUGUUCAAAAUGGGCAUUGAUAUCUACGUCAGGAACAAUGCCCAUUUUGAACAGGUACACCUUCCUGGCUUCUUUGCCACAUUUCUCGCUGAAGCUUCACACUCUCCUAUGAUGCUUUGUUUCACCCAUUUUGAGCAGAUCUUUUGUUUCACUCAUUUUGAACAGAUUUCUUGUUUCACCCAUUUUGAGCAGUUCUCGACCCGUCUAGCUACCAGUGUAAUUUUUCUCACCAAGUCCAUCACUGUGACGCCGAAUGAGAAUCACGAUUUGCCAUUCCUACUUGAAAUACCACUAAGUCCCAUCCAUACGCUGUGCGCAUGA